CAGGUGUUAGGGAACGAUCCGGCUUAUUGGAGAUAAAGCUGUGGUAAUCUGGUCUCAAAUCAGAAAGAAAAUAAAGGCGAUCAAUGCAUGCGAGAAAAACGCGCGGGUAUAAUGAUGUUGCUCGGCAAGGGAGCGCAAUUAGUUUGGUGACAGCCGUAUACGGCUCAGCCUUUCCAACCGUAAAAUAAUCUAAUACCUGGACAGGGAAGAAAAUUAGAAAGGACUGGUUAAAAAUGAAAGCAAAUGUGAUAACAUGUUGUUGUAUGCAAACUAAACUUAAAGUUUUUCACAAAAUGUUGGUAAAUGCCUGUUAAACCGCAGAAAAAGAAAGUUAACCUUAUGAGUUUUAAGCAGAUGGUAAAAGAGAGAGUUGCAAUCAACAUUUUGUUGGGGGUGGAUAAGAGAAAGCUUAGUAGGGUAUUCUGUACGUUGUUAGUGGUAUAUACAAAUCAAUGGCUGGAGAUUUCUACGGCUUUUUAUGUUGUAUUUACGGUCUGAAAAUGGCAUGUGUGCUUGUGUUUGCUUGGGACAUUUCAGUAUAGCCUUGAAUUUAAAAGGAAAUAAAGAAAUCUAUUUUAGGUUUCGAUCCGAAGAAUUGAUUUAGUUUGUUUUUAAUCUUUGAAUGAAAUUCCAUGCAGCUCUUGUUGUAUUAGAUAAGCAGGUACAAUGUUUCGUACAUGUGGGGGCCUAGGGUUGGUUUGCGCUGCUAUGCUAGCUAUUGGGACUCUCGCAGCCACCUUACCGAAAGAAAACGAACGUUUUGAAAAUACAAACAAGAACAUACGGAGGUUUCCGAAUCCCUCCCUGACACCAAAGUUUCAACGCAAGACAAGGGACCUCGGUGGUUCUACAGGACCUCUUCAACAAGGCGGAAGAUUACCUUGGCUUGGAGGAAGAAAGACUGCAGUUAUUAGUUCGUCUCGUAAUCGUCCAGAGACAAACACGAAAGAAUUCGUUUACACUUUUAAAUAUUCUGGAGAAAAUUUUGUUCUGAAUGGAAAUGUUUCAAUACGUCAUCGUGAAGUUAAUACUUUCAGAGUUCUUUUCAUCUACGUACUUCGUGGGGAAGGAAACGCAUCUGCUGAACUUGUAAGACAAGACUCGCCAACUAUCGAUAGUUCAAGAUACGUGAAAGAAAAGCGCCCGAAAAGUUGUCACAUGGGAAGAAGUGAGAACAGAACGGUUGAAAUAAGCAGACCAAAGUGUGGGAAAUACCCAAGACAACAUCAGCGACAAUACUCAGCAUCGAAGCGCAUAAACACGCGACGAACACAACGUACAGAUCAAAGUUUUGUUUCAAACAACAAUAUAUCUCCAUUGCUCCCCGCCAAGUUUCAUGGACAAAAGUCUCUAGCGACAUCUUUCGACCCGACCAUAUCCAGAAUGAGUUAUCGUCAAACUCCACUAAGAAACAGAUACCGAUCUCCUAGAUCUUAUAGAAGACGUUGUGUCAUAAACGCAAGACGGUUUUCACAGUCAUGGUUGUGCUUAAACCCUCCCAACCCGCCAUGUUUCCUCAUCAUAGUCCAAGGUAGCGAUUAUAAAAUCACGGAAAAAAUUUGCCCGAAGAGAUUGCCUUACCCGAAACAAAGCUCUAUGUCGAAACUACUGAGUUGAUUAAGGUUGCUUGAAUGACGAGCAGUUAUGUUUUAAUGUGAAGGCAAGAAGGGAAUAAGGCUUGCCGCAAGUUAUACUUCCACCACUAUUUGCAAAGCCGAGUAUUUUAUUCAUCGUGUGCAAUGUUAUACCUUGUCAUAAUUUAGAGUAAUUGAUGUAUAGUACUGUGGGCUAAGAUGAAUACCGUGAGUACCUAAAUUCAAUAAUGUGUUUUUAACAAUUAACAACGUUCGAGUCGCGGGUCUAUGAUUAUAACACUCUAAAAACAUUCUUUGAAUACCUUUUGCAACGAAACAAUAGAAUGUAUCAUCUUACCACACCCUACUAUAGACAACCAUAAGUGACCACUGGGUUGAAGCAACUAUUUCUUGCCCAAAGACACGACAUAUAUGCCCUUAAUACGGUGUGUGUUCUACUGUUUGAUUUUGCGUAUAUAACACGACAUAAUUCUACGAAUUAAUUAAAAUUGUUGUUGCUUUA